GACCUAAGCACCUGCGACUUGCCAACUUCGUCUGUGAGGAGUGUGGCCCAUCUGUUCAGAUAGCUUUUUGUUGUUGUUUUUAACAUACGUGUACAUUGUAGCACAUCGUGUCUUUUCAGUGCACAAUAGCAGAUAAUGAAAUGUAUAAAUAUUUUAUUUAGAUACUACUGAACAGAUGUGUCUGCGUGACAAGAGAAUGUGAUAGACCUGUGUGACUUGAACAAGCAUGCCACAGUAAUGGCAGGAAGGUAUGUGCGACUCGCAGUCAGGUGUAGAGUCUGGCAGCCGCUGGACUCGGAAUGGAUGUACGCGGCACAGUGCAUCCAGUGCGAAGAGAAGCAGAGGAUAGGCGAAUUUGUCUUCAAGAAGGAUGCCAAAGCAGCAAUGAUUGGCCGACUCCUGAUGAGGAAGGUUAUAGCUGACAUAACGGGAAUUCCCUAUAAGGAUAUAAUUCUUGGUCGUACUGAGAAGGGCAAACCGUUUCUGAGGAAUCCCCUGCCAGAGGAACUGUCUGGUUUCAGCUUUAAUCUCUCUCACCAGGGUGACUACGCCAUUGUCGCUGCCAACUCUGACAGACUUGUUGGUGUCGACAUCAUGAAGGUGGAACCCAGAAGCCGAUCUGCAGAUGAGUUCUUCAGCACGAUGCAGAGACAGCUGACGGCCCAGGAGUGGCAGACGGUGAAGAACCAGACCUCGGAGAUGCUGCAGCUGAAGAUGUUCUACAGGCACUGGUGUUUGAAAGAAAGUCUGGUCAAGGCUUUAGGAAUUGGGAUUGGGUUUGAAGUUGGUCGACUGGAUUUCCACAUCCAGACGGUAGAUCUUUUACCCAAUCAGACUGUGUUAAGUUCGUCUGUACACAUUGAUGGCCAGCUCAGCCAGGACUGGACGUUUGAGGAAACCUUGCUGGAUAACCACUGUGUAGCCGUGGCCGUGAAAUCGUCGCCAGAACAACAGAUGACUGACCUGAAAGAGAAGUUUGAAAAGAUGAAGAUGGAAAAAGCGAAGCGUUACGAAGGUGUCAAUCUGUAUGUUAAGAAUCUCGAUGAUGUCAUCGAUGACGAAUAUCUCAGGAAGGAGUUCUCUCAGUUUGGAAACAUCACCAGUGUGCGGGUGAUGUGUGAUGAAGGAGGUCGAUCAAAGGGCUUUGGCUUUGUUUGCUUCAGUUCACCCGAGGCGGCGUCCAAGGCCAUCACGGAGAUGAACGGUCACAUCAUAGUGUCGAAACCGCUGUAUGUCGCCCUCGCCCAGAGGAAGGAGGACCGGCGCGCACACCUAGCAUCACAGUACAUGCAGCGGAUGACCACCAUGCAACAACAGUCUGUUCCAGCAUACAGCCAACAACCAAUGUACCAACCAACGGGAGCGGAAUACUUUGCCCCCACAAUACCGACAUUUGUCCCUGCAAUUCCACAGCCGCAGAGAGCAUUCUUUGCCCCUGCUCCGAUGCCACAAGUCCCGGGUCCAGGGUGGCAGAUUCAGGUCCAGCCCAACCAGCCAACUGCAGGUUUUCAGCCAAUGCCAGGCUGCCCCAUAAGGAGCCCGAGACCCAGCAGUCCCGGUCAGAUUCAGAUGUGGCCUGGUGUGAACGCUGCUCAACCAGUCGCAGACCAGGCGCCUGCUGCUGCCGUCAUGGCUGGCCCAGGGCAGCAGAUGGCCAUGCCUGUGAGAAUACCCUGCCAAACACAGCCCGGUGGCCCCUGCAGACCUGAAGUACCAUUCACCAACCAGGUCAGACACCAGCAUGGAGGUCCCGUGCAACAACAACAACCUGUACCACAGAAACAAGACCCGGUACAAUUUACCAUUUUAACGGUGCAAGACUUGCUGAAAUAUUGUCAACCUUUACCAGGGUCCGAACCGGAUGCAGAAUACUGGAACAAAUUUAACUUGAAAUCAGAAGAACCAAACCAAAGAUGAUUCUAACCAUUUUGUUCUAGAAACUUUUAUAGUAGUUAUUUACAAAGAAUGUAUGUGUAGAAAGACGGAUAUUUAAUCUGACAUCUCUUAUCAAUUGGUUUGUUCUUACAGGGUCCGUUUUCAUGUGAGAAAAAUGGCUGCGUGUUUAGGGGUGUGGGAGAUGUGUUAUCUCCCUUUUAUAAAUUAUAGAUGUAGACAAGGAGAUAUAUAUUCUUCCAGAAACCUGAAUGAAAUCUUCAACAAGCUCUAUAUUAAGUGUGAGUGGAGCAUUUUAAAGUACAUAUGUAUCCUACAGAAGAGCCCAUCAAGAGCUAGUUCUGUGGUCUGGUCUGUAUUAGUUUUGUAACAUCAUUUUGCAUAAUAUGACAGAUGGAUGUUCCAACUUAUUUUAAGUACAAUUUUUAAAAUGCUACGUUGCCAGUAUUUUUGUAAAUAAAAUGUGCAGUCUGCAUAAAAUCUAUAAACGGUAUAUAGCAUUCAGUAUAGGGGAAUGUCCGAGUAACACUCCAUACCUGAAAAAUAAUAGAGACGAGUCCCAUUAUUUUUCAGGAAUAGAGAGUUACGAGGAUAUUCCCCUACCUACAAUACACCACUAAAUAAUAACUUUAUGCCAACAUAUGUUGGUAUGGAGUUUAACACUAGCGAUUUUGGUGGGUUAAUCAAGUAGGGUUUCAUAUCUCCAUUACUGAAAAAUAAUGGAGCGUUGAAACAAUACUGUCACGUUAUGUGUAUUUUAAUUAAGCAGAAUGUGUAGCACUAAAGGUGUGUUGGGAUCAUUUCCAAACUUUGUACACAUCUUAUGAUACUUUGAAUAUGCACAGGUAUUCCAUUUGUUUUUAACCUUCGAUAGUAUAAAUUAUAAUGAAUGCUUACUGGUUGAUUUGUCGAAGGUUAAUAAGCUCUGAAUAACUUUAAAAAUGGUCAUGGAUCUAUUCUGUAGUUUAAUGAAUUACCAACAAAAGUGUAACCAGUAUAUUUAUCGAGGUAACUUAAAUUUCAUUGGUUGGUUUUACUAGUAUUUUGCUGAUGUUGUUAGACAUCAGUGUUGAACUAUGUCCAGUGCCCACAUGAUGAAGUUUUUGGCAUGGCCAUCCACCAUUUACCUAUACUUAAAAAGAGUUGCCCCAACCAUUUGCAAUUUAAUCAAACCAUUUUGUACUAAAAUAUUUCAAUUUCCAUGAUGUAGAAUCUCUCUUCUUUGUUUUUUCACACAGUGGAUAUGAAGAAGGCAUAUACUGAUAUAGCGAAUUAAACGUAUUUGAUCAGUGUUUAAAUUUCUCUUGAUAAAGCCAUUCUAGAAACGACAGUAGGAGAUCCAUUCCAAAUGUCUGAAACAGAUAAUCUAGAUUAUUUAUUUUAUGAAACAAUACUCAGUAACCAACAUGCAUAAAUAUUGAAAGAAUGAUUUAUGCUUUUAAAUAGUUGCGACUGCAACACAUGUACAUAUUAUGUUUGUCCCAUCCCAGCUCCACCUACACUCUCACUAUUAUUACACGUCAACCCAGUCCAUUACAGUACUGUAUUUUCAUGAUUAGGAGUUGCUACCAAAUUGGUUCAUUUUACUGGGUACAUAUCACUAAGUCAAGUGCAAUUUUUUUAUUUACAUCUUCAGAACCUGCCAAAACAUUUGAAAUGCACAUGAACUGACUACGUCCUCUGUAUAUUUUGGCCAUUUAACAAUUAAUAAAACAAAAUUUGGCUUUGUCUUCCCCAUGUAAUGUUUUUAAAGUUUUCCAACCCCUUUCCCCCCCCCGUUUAAAAUAAAACUUAGGUCCUAGUACUAACAUGCUGAAUAACCUUGUAUAUCACAUAAUCUUUAUGAUGUCUAUUCAAAACCAGUUUCCUAAAUAUGUUUAAUGGAGACUUAAAACAGAAGGCCAAAAUAUUAAGAAGUAUUUGUGGUCACACAUGUAGGUUGGUACAGAACACAAUAAUAAUUAUUUUAUUAAUAAAUGUCAAAAAUAUAUAACCAAUUUUUAAUAUAUAUAUAUAUAUAUAUAUAUCUGGUUCCAGUCCCAAUUCAUAGCUCUUAUCAGUGGUUACCAGUUUCCUCAAUACAGUAAAGAUUAUAUGUUCAAACUGUUUCCUACAUUUGUUUAAUGGAGACUUCACAAGUAUAUAUAAAGACUGUUAUAAUAAAAAUAUUUUGAAUUGAAAA